AUGAAAUCGCUGGCUCGCGGUUAUGUCUGGUGGCCUAACUUGGACUCUGGACUUGAACACCUUGCUGCCACCUGUGGAACCUGUCCGUCGUUGAAAGCACUUCCUGCAGAAGCGCCGCUGCAUCCAUGGGUUCGCGCUUCACGCCCUAUAGAACGAAUUCAUAUUGACUUUGCAGACUUUAAGAACCAUUCAUUUUUGAUACUAAUAGAUAACUACAGCAAGUGGUUGGAGAAAUAUAGAAUUACACCACAUACUACCACCGGUAUCGCUCCAUGUGAACUUUUUAUGAAUCAUCAGUUACGCACAAGAUUGAGUUUAGUGAAACCAUCUAAGGACAGCAAAGUGAAGGGCAGUCAAAGGAACAUGAAAGCUGUUCAUGACAAGUCAACUAAAAUGCGAACAUUUGAAAAGGGCGAUCAAGUGGCAGUUAAAAGCACAAUUCAAGGGGGAAAAUGGAAGUUGUGGCCAGGCGUUAUUCAUAAGGUACUUGGAGCAGUUUCGUAUCUGGUGAAAUGUAACAACCGAAUUCGAUACUGUCAUAUUGACCAUUUGGUUAGCCGGCAUGCAGAGUUGCCAUUCAGUGAGACUUGUUCUGUGCCAUCAAAUGACUUAGUGGCUCCAGACGUUCAUGAUAAUCAUAGUCCGUACGUUCCGAAGGUUCUAUUAGGUUAUAUGGAAGUCCCAUCUCUACCAACUGAACCAUUAUCUCUGCCAGGGGAACCUUCGAACCCACCAUCUCCAUCUGUGCCAUCUACUGAAAGUGCUGAUUGUAGUCCAGUGAAAGAAAGGCCGAAACGUACAAUCAAAACACCAAGGAAAUUGAAAGACUAUGUGUGGGGAAAACGCUAG